AUGGCCCCAAACACGGUGGUAAUCACGCUCGAGAAGCCCGAGAACAUCUCGCUGAUCGAGGCACCCGGCCCGGAAGGACCCGAUCCGGUUUUCCACGAGAGCCAGAAGAAGAAGGCCGCGAGCCCGAAAUGGUUCGCCCGGGUCCUCCUCCUGAAAGCCCACCGGGUCGUAUCGAGCCUGUUCGGGGUAUUCGGGUCAAUCCGAAAGCGCAUUGCCACGUCGGAUCCGAGCGAGGAGGACCCGAGGUACAGAGGGCGGCUGUACGCCUUCAUAAAGGCGUUCCUCGCCGUGUCGGUGAUUGGGCUGGCGUUCGAGACCUUCGCCUAUUUCAGCGAUUGGGAUUUAGGGUUCGCGAGCCGCCCGUGGGAGGUGAGCGAUAAUCUGGUGCGGUGGGCGUACGUGAGCUGGCUGGGCUUCAGGGCCGAUUACGUGGCGCCGUGUAUCGUGGCUCUCUCGAGAUUCUGUGUCGUGCUGUUCAUGAUCCAAUCGCUGGAUAGGUUUUUGCAGUGUUUUGGGUGUUUUUGGAUCAAGUUGAAGGGGCUGAGGUCCGUUGCCGAUGAGUUCGGGUCGGGAGAUUUGGAGGACGGGUCGGGUUUUCCGAUGGUUCUUGUUCAGAUCCCUAUGUGCAAUGAGAAGGAGGUUUACGAGCAAUCGAUAGCUGCUGCUUGCCAGCUGGAUUGGCCCAAAGACAGGUUUCUAGUGCAAGUUUUGGAUGAUUCAGAUGAUGAACUUUUACAGCACUUGAUAAGAGAUGAGGUCAUGUCCUGGAAAGAAAAAGGGGUCAAUAUAGUUUACAGGCACAGGUUUAUCCGAACCGGUUACAAAGCAGGCAACCUCAAAUCGGCAAUGGCCUGUGACUAUGUAAAGGACUACGAAUUUGUCGCCAUAUUAGAUGCCGAUUUCCAGCCCAACCCUGAUUUCCUCAAACUCACCGUGCCUCAUUUUAAGGGAAAACCCGAUGUAGCACUCGUCCAGGCUCGUUGGUCGUUUGUCAACAAGGAUGAGAAUUUGCUGACGAGGCUACAGAACAUCAAUCUGUGCUUCCAUUUUGAGGUCGAGCAGCAGGUGAAUGGGCAUUUCUUAAAUUUCUUCGGGUUCAAUGGGACAGCUGGCGUGUGGCGAAUCGAGGCCUUGGAAGAGUCCGGUGGCUGGCUGGAAAGGACAACUGUCGAGGACAUGGAUAUAGCUGUCCGGGCCCACUUGCACGGGUGGAAAUUCAUUUUCCUUAAUGAUGUUGAGGUUCUUUGUGAGCUGCCGGAAUCUUAUGAGGCGUACAAGAAACAGCAGCAUCGUUGGCAUUCAGGUCCUAUGCAACUAUUCAGAUUGUGCUUACCUGCAAUUUUAACCUCUAAGAUCUCGGCAUGGAAGAAAGCAAAUUUGAUAUUCCUAUUCUUUCUCCUUAGGAAACUCAUCCUUCCUUUCUACUCAUUCACACUCUUCUGCAUAAUCCUCCCACUCACCAUGUUCAUACCCGAAGCUGAGCUUCCUUCAUGGGUCAUUUGUUACGUGCCAAUUACCAUGUCGAUCCUCAAUAUACUUCCCUCACCAAAAUCAUUCCCUUUCUUAAUGCCAUACUUACUCUUUGAAAACACAAUGUCCGUCACGAAAUUCAAUGCAAUGGUCUCGGGCCUUUUCCAGCUCGGGAGUGCUUACGAAUGGGUCGUGACAAAGAAAACGGGCCGGGCUUCUGAGUCCGACUUGCUGAGCCUUGCAGAAAGGGAAUCGAAAAAUCUGAACGAGGAGAAAAUCCAGAGAAGGCCUUCGGAAUCUGGAUUGGAAAUGCUCGGGAAGUUAACCGAGCAGAAGGAGCAAAAGGGCCCGGCUUUGAAGAAGAAGAAAAAUAGGAUUUACCGAAAAGAGCUAGCGCUUGCAUUCCUCUUGCUCACGGCUGCCGCCAGGAGUUUACUGUCGGCUCAGGGGAUUCAUUUUUACUAUUUACUGUUUCAAGGGCUGUCAUUUUUGGUGAUGGGAUUGGAUUUGAUUGGGGAGCAGGUGAGUUAA